CAUAAUUGUUGGAUUUUCUUUGAAAAAUAGUUGCAACCCUGGUCCGCCGGCAUUAAAAAAAGAUAAACAAGUCACCGAGUGUCAAACGCAGCAGCCAUCCGCCUACACAACUACACUUUCGCUUUACGAUAUGGCCUCGUCGAUCGAAGGAUGAGCAGUGAUCCGGAAAGUAACUCCGAAUUGAGCCACCAUAUCCGCUUCAAAUACUGUCGCAACCGACCACUGUAUCGUAAAUCGAAGAAGCUGACGGCAGUUAAGGUCUAUUCGGUUGCAAACGAAUCUCGGCACUUGCUGGUGUUCGGUGUUCCGCAGAUCAAACUGCUUCGCGAGCUGAAAAACGAGUUCCAACGUUACGGUACGGUUCAACUCGUACAUAACGUGACCGAGAGUAUCGGAGCGACCGGAAAUUUUGAUGUUGAAGCAUUCACCGAUGUAUUCCAUGUGAAGUUUGAGAAGCUCGAAAAAGCUCGCAGAGCAAAGAAAUUUUUGGAUGCCAAAAAUUUCUACGGAGGCAUCCUGCACAUCUCUUAUGCACCGGAACGGGAAACUAUUGAAGAGCUUCGCGAAAAACUUCAACAAAGAAGAAAAGAAGUACGAUUCAGGAUUCAUAGCAAUCAUCAAAGUGCACUAAACGCAAUUAGAAAACGAGAACUAGCGAGCGACGAUACAAAAAGCUCUGUUUCUGCGAAACGCAUGCGAACUGCAUAG